UUUACACCAAUUUUGAGGAUAAUUGUAAUAUUUUUUUUUUUGAAAUAUUCGUAUAAUGUCAUAUGAAGUUUUAUAUUAGCGUUUAUUAAACAAACAAACUUACAUAAUUUUAUUAUCAUACCUAUAAUGAUUAGCGACAGCCAGGUAAGUAGCUAUCGGUUCCACCUUUGUCGGCGUUGGUGGUUUUAUAUUUCAUUUCUCACGAUAAAAUUGCAAUUUGACAGUAUUGGUAUGCAAGCAAUACGAUUUAAUUGGACGUAAGUGACAUAAAUUGGUAAUACAACUGUAAUACAUAUUAUUUAAGGAUUAAUUUUGUGAUUAGGUAAAUUUUGCUGAAAUUGUAUUUUUUUAUGAAUAUAAACCGAUGGAUUGUAUCCAAAAAUUACAUUUGCUCCAGUAUUUCCAAGUGCUCAUCGCUGUCUACCUUACGUUAUAAUUACGUGAAUCUCUCUUCAUAAAAUGUCUGACUCCGAAGUUGAAUACCAGUCGCUGCCGGGGUGCUCAGCAGUAACCGAGACUUCGAAAAACGUGCAGCCGAAAAAAAAGGCAUCGAAGCGCAAAUCUUCUGGGAGCGGCACCACGCCUUCGGAAUCAACAUCAAGUAAAUACAAACAUCACAGCUCGGACCUCUUCGGUCUAGAGAACGACAAGCUUCUCCCAGCGACAUCGUGCGGAGACCUUGGAUCGUCCCUCGUCAGCCGCGUCGCCAACGGGAAAGUUCGGCGGACAGCUGACCUAACGGGGGACUUCUACGUAGAGGUGAAGGUGUACCAUAAGGCUGACGCCGCUUCCACUCCUAGAGAGGAUCGGUGGAAGAAGGCGUCGGUUGCACUGAAACUGCAACUUAAUAGAGGCUCCUCGACGUGGGACGCCUUACAAAUAUUUAUGAGACGGGCUCAUGAGCUGUUUGAUAACUCGGAGCCCAUCUUUUAUAGUGAUAAUAUUAAUAUAAAAUAAUUUUUUAUAUUAAUAUUAUCAUUGAAAAUUUAAUGAUUUUUUUUUUUAUAUAUAUAUUUAAAUUGUAAUGACAUUUUCAUGUCAUUUUCACACAUUUUUAAUAUUUAAUUAUAGUUUCGACACCAGUCUCUUACAUCAUAGUCCCUAUUGUGUAUACCUAAUGUGUUUUGGAUAUAUUGCUUUUUACCUAAAUAAAUAAUUUCUUUCUACUUAUACUUAACUUAUACUUUAUUUUUGUACCUUUUGCUGUCUUAUAUUAACACAUAGCAGCAUCUUCAGUAAUUUAUAGCUUGUUCUAACUUUAAAGUACAAGGUAAUAAUAAUAAAAUGCCUUUCUGUACUGUUUGUAACACAUCUGUUGAGCGCAAUCACUGGGUAGGUCAUUUACGCAGUAACGAUCAUAAAAAUAAAAAUAUUUCACAUUUUUGCGAAGGCGUUGAAAUUAUACAUUCUGCAUUUCGUAAUCGUAUAGCUUCUUAUAGAAUUACCGAUUCGUUUGAAAAUUGUUCUUUAGAA